CAGUGUGUGCAGGAGACACAUACAGGCAUUUAGCUCCUCUCCUCUUCUCUCCUCCUUCUCUUCUCUCCUCCUUCUCUUCUCUCCUGCAUCGGAACGCAGCGCCGAUCAUCAGUCGUGAGGACAGGCUGACAGCUUUAUACACCGAGCAGAUGGAGUUCACUGGUGCCGAGGAGCUGACAGAUGAGGAGAAGGAAAUCAUCAACAGCGUGCUGGCCCGAGCCGAGCUAAUCGAGACCAUGGAGCAGGAGCGGAUUGGGCGCUUGGUCAAUCGGCUGGACACUAUAAAGAGGACGGCGUGCGGCGACGGACACUCGCAGUGCCUGCUCUGUGGCCAGCAAUUCGGUGUGAUGGGCGUCAGCAUGGUCAUGUGUGAUGAGUGUAAGAAGCACAUAUGUACCAAGUGUGGCAUACGCAGUAACAGUCGCUCCUGCCCUGUAUGGCUGUGCAAGAUAUGCAGUGAACACAAAGAGAUGUUGAAGCAGUCUGGUGCCUGGUUCUUUAAGGGGUUGCCACAACAGGUCUUGCCUGCACCAUUACCCGUUUCGAAGCCGAGACAGUUCAGCACUGAUGAUACACCUGCACCAUCUGUGCCACUAUCCCAAAUGAGCACAACUGCUCAUUCACAUGUCAACAUACAGAAUGGAGAAAUGAAGCUCCCUGAGCAGGAAGCACUGCCUGUCAGCGCUCAGAUCAGUCAAACUCAAUCGGGCACAGAGAGACAGCCUAAUCUGACAACAUGGAAAAAAGAAGAAUCUGUCAAGAGUGCCAGUCCUUUGCAGCCAUCUUGUAUGAGCUCCGUAAUGCAGAAAGGAGUCCAUCAGAUGGAGCGUAGGACAGCACCUACUAUGCAGCCUCCAGUUGCAAACAGCACCCACACUCCUGCCACUACCGAGGACUUGGAGGACUACGACUCUGACGAUGCCACCACACUGGGGAUGUUGGAGUUCAGUCUGCUCUAUGAGGAGGAAAACAACACUCUGCACUGCAAUAUCAUCAGAGGCAAGGGCCUCAAGUCAAUGGACUCCAAUGGCCUCGCUGAUCCAUAUGUCAAACUGCAUUUGCUUCCUGGUGCUAGCAAGUCUAACAAACUACGCACAAAGACUCUGCGCAACACCUUAAAUCCAUCUUGGAACGAGACGCUGGUCUAUCACGGCAUCACCAAUGAGGACAUGCAGAAAAAAACCCUCAGACUCUCUGUGAGCGAUGAAGACAAAUUUGGACAUAACGAGUUCAUCGGAGAAACCCGCGUGGUGCUGAAGAAGCUCAAGCCGAACCAGAAGAAGAACUUCAGUGUGUGUUUGGAGAGAGUUAUUCCGGUGAAGCGAACAGCUGCUGGAGGUGCAGUACGUGGUAUGGCAUUGUAUGAGGAAGAGGUAAACGAAGGUGACGAUGCAGAGGAGAGAGGACGCAUUCUGGUGUCUCUCUCCUACAACAGCCAGCGGAGUCAACUCAUUGUGGGUAUCAACCGCUGUGCUCAUCUGGCUCCCAUGGACGCCAACGGGUACUCUGACCCUUAUGUCAAGAUCUGCCUGAAACCUGACAUGGGGAAGAAAGCAAAGAAUAAAACGCAGAUCAAGAAGAAGACCCUCAACCCUGAAUUUAAUGAGGAAUUCAGCUAUGAGAUCAAACACAGUGAACUAGCAAAGAAGACUUUGGACAUCUCUGUCUGGGAUUAUGACAUUGGAAAGGCCAAUGAUUUCAUAGGAGGCUGCCAGCUUGGUAUCACAGCCAAAGGAGAAUGCUUGAAGCAUUGGUACGAGUGCCUGAAGAACAAAGACAAGAAGAUCGAACGCUGGCAUGUGCUGUACAAUCAAAACAACAUCGAGGCUGAUGACUAAAAUGCGCUGUUCUUCAUAUCCUAAUAGCUCUUACUUUGUGACUCUGUACGAUCCUGUCUUCCACUAUUCAUUUUCAUCCCUCUCUUAAAACUGCUCCUACUGUGCUAAUUAGCCUGACUUCAUGUACGAUAGUGCACGUCGUGCUUCGUGCUCUUACAAUGAGCUAUUAUGUAAUUAGUGGUUUAGAUCAUCUUUAACCGUCUAACCGUAUUGAAUCGAAUCCACUAUUGCACAGUAUGAUGAGAAAAAAACGUGUUACAUUAGGUACCGAGAACGUAAACGUGACUUUAAAUGUGAUGUAAUUGCGGUAUUUUCCAGUAUGAGCAUCUUCCCCUAAAUCAUUUUGACAUUAAUUGUGACAAAAUGACCGCUCUAAUAAGAUUGAUUAUAAAAUUCUCCACACAGGAAGUGGUAUAACACAUCAAGCUGCAUCUUGUAUACAGGUGGUUGUAUAUUGAUAUUUCCAUCUAUUUUUCAGAUCCAAAGUUGUAUUUUACACCGUAGAAAAACGACAAAGAAACUGUGUAAUAACUGUUGACACUCACUGUCCACUUUAUUAGGUACACCUCUGUAAUAAUCAGCCAAUCAUUUAGCAACUGCAAAAUACAUUCAAUAAUGCAGACAGAGACCAAGAGCUUCAGUUAGAGUUUACAACAAACAUCAGAAUGGGGAAAAAUGUGUUCUUUGUGAUGUUAACUGUAAUAUGGUUGUUGGUACCAGAUGACUGGUUUAAGUAUUUCACUGCUGAGCUCCUGGGAUUUUCACACACAACAGUCUCUAGAAUUGGCAUAAGAAACAAAACAAAAAUCAUUCAACUGAUUACUGUGAGAGGAACUGAGUAGAGAAUGACAGGAAAACUUUAGUAACUCCAAUAAGCACUCUAUCCAACCGUGGUAAGCAGAAAAGCAUCUCAAAAUGCAACCUUGAUCUGGAUGAGCCACAUCAGGUUCCGCUGUUGUCAGGCAAGAACAAGAAUCAGGCAAGAACAUAAGGGUAAUAUGGGCACAGGAUCACCCAAACUAACUCAAAGGUUCAAUGUUGACAGUGAUUAUUUGAGUUACUGAAUCUGACAAGGUGUUCUGAACUCUGAACUCCCAGAGAUCCCAAUUUUCCCCAUUCUGAUCUUUGAUGUGAACAUUAACUGAAGCUCUUGAUCUGUAUCUGCAUGAGUUUAUGCAUCGUGCUGCUGCCCCAUGAUUGACUGAUCAGCUUACUGCAUGAAUGUACAGGUGUUCCUAAUAAAGUGGGCAGUAUAUAUAUAUAU